AGCGGGGAGACGCCGCCGCCGCCGCCGCGGCAGGGGCGGAGCCGGCAGCGGGGCAUCCUCCCUUGGCCGUGUCCCUGCCGCCCGCCCGGCAUCGCCGCGGCGGGCAGCGCGGCGGAGGGUGCUGCCAGCGCCGGCAGGGAGCGAAGAUGCUGUCCUACAGCGUGCUGGACGCCAACGUGGUGGACGUGGAGAAGCGGAGGAACCCCUCGAAGCACUAUGUCUAUAUCAUCAAUGUAACAUGGUCUGACCUGACUUCCCAGAUCAUCUACCGGAGAUACAGCAAGUUCUUUGACCUGCAGAUGCAGCUUCUGGACAAGUUCCCUAUUGAAGGAGGCCAGAAGGAUCCCAAGCAAAGAAUCAUUCCUUUCCUACCAGGCAAGAUCCUGUUCCGGAGGAGCCACGUCCGAGAUGUAGCAGUGAAGAGGCUGAAGCCCAUCGAUGAGUACUGCAGGGCACUGGUUCGGCUUCCUCCUCACAUUUCACAGUGUGAUGAAGUCUUCAGGUUCUUCGAGGCUCGCCCAGAAGACCUCAACCCUCCAAAAGAGGACUAUGGAUCUUCAAAGAGAAAAUCAGUUUGGAUGUCCAGUUUGUCUGAGACUCCAAAAAAGAGUGUCGCUCCAGGUGCUGAUGCUAGCUCUGAACCCAUGAUCCUGGAGCAAUAUGUGGUGGUGUCCAACUAUGAGAAGCAGGAGAACUCUGAGAUCAGCCUGCAGGCUGGAGAGGUCGUGGAUGUCAUAGAGAAAAAUGAAAGCGGUUGGUGGUUUGUGAGCACAGCAGAGGAGCAGGGAUGGGUCCCUGCUACAUACCUGGAAUCCCAAAAUGGAACCAGAGAUGAUUCUGACAUCAACACAUCUAAAUUUGGGGAAGUUUCUAAGCGACGCAAGGCUCACCUGAGGCGCCUGGACCGGCGAUGGACGCUGGGCGGGAUAGUCAACAGGCAGCAGAGUCGAGAAGAGAAGUAUGUCACUAUCCAGCCGUACGCCAGCCAGGGGAAGGAUGAGAUUGGGUUCGAAAAAGGGGUCACCGUGGAGGUCAUCCAAAAGAACCUGGAAGGAUGGUGGUACAUCAGGUAUCUGGGCAAAGAAGGCUGGGCCCCAGCUUCAUAUCUGAAGAAGGCUAAAGAUGAUCUUCCAUCUAGGAAAAAGAACUUAACUGGGCCAGUGGAAAUCAUAGGAAACAUCAUGGAGAUCAGUAACCUGCUGAACAAGAAAUCAUCUACUGACAAGGAAGCUCAAGUAGAAAACGAGUCUGCAGAAACUCACAUCACCAAGAAGGAAAUCAGUUUGCCCAUCCUGUGCAAUGACUCUAAUGGCAAUGCCAUGAUGACUCCAGACAAACAGGCUUCCAAACUGGCCCAGGGAUCCCCAGCCAUAGCAAGGAUAGCACCACAAAGAGCUCAAAUAAGUUCUCCAAAUCUAAGAACAAGACCACCCCCACGAAGAGAGUCCAGUCUGGGUUUUCAGUUACCCAAGCCACCAGAGCCACCCUCCGUGGAAGUGGAAUAUUACACCAUUGCUGAAUUCCAGUCAUGCAUCUCUGAUGGCAUAAGCUUUCGUGGAGGACAAAAAGCAGAGGUUAUUGAAAAGAAUUCUGGUGGCUGGUGGUAUGUGCAGAUUGGAGAGAAGGAAGGAUGGGCUCCAGCGUCUUACAUUGACAAAAGAAAGAAACCAAAUUUGAACAGAAGAACCAGUACUUUAACCCGCCCAAAGGUUCCUCCCCCAGCGCCUCCCAGUAAACCAAAAGACUCUGAAGACGGAACAACUCCUGGAGCAGUAUCUUCAGGAGAUACCCAGGACUCUCCCCACAAGCUGAAAUACGAAGAACCUGAGUAUGAUGUACCUGCCUUUGGCUUUGACUCGGAGUGUGAAGUGAGUGAAAGUCACCAUGAAGAGGGCACUCCUGAAAAACGACUGUUUCAGCCUCUCAAGCCCUCACCUGUGUCAUCACUUCAGAAAGCUAAGUUCAAAGUAGGAGAGUCUUCAGAAGAAGUUGCUCAUGAAGAAGAAACCAUCUAUGAGAACGAGGGGUUCAGGCGUUACGUGGAAGAUGCUUUGUCCAACAAAGAAUCUAGUGGGGAUUCGGAUUCUCAGAAAAGCUCCUCUCUGUCCCUGAUCCGAAGGAAUUCUCCAUGUUCCAGCUCUCCGAAAUCAUCACUCAUGAAGCUCAAGACAGACAAAAACGUUCAGCCUGAUCUCGGAAAAUGUCACUAUUCCAGGAAUGAGGAGACAAAACCAAGAUCAGCUUCAGAUGUCGGCUUACGUAGCGUGCCAAGAACAGGCAUGAAGAAAGAUCCCGGGCAGAGUCCUUCCAUCAGAGCAAAGCCAAUCGUUAGGCCCAAGCCCUUCCUGAGCAAGGCAGACUCUCAGAGCCAAGAAAAGAUGGAUAUUAGCACUUUAAGGCGUCAGUUGAGGCCAACUGGGCAGCUCAGAGGUGGACUCAAAGGUUCAAGAAGUGAAGAGUCUGCGAGCCCCCCCCGCACAGCUGAGAACCAGGAUGACCCUGUUCGGAGAAGCUCGGCUGAUGUCAUCACAGCUCCUUCCCGUGGCGUCUUCUGCUCCAGCCAGACUGCCAAAACUGAGCAAGAAAAUGACUCCAGAUGUUUCUAUGUGACCACUGACUCCUACCAAAAGGUACAGGAUUCUGAAAUUUGCUUCCCUGCAGGAGUAGAAGUGGAAGUGCUGGAAAAGCAAGCCAGUGGAUGGUGGUACCUGAAGUAUGGAGACAUGGAAGGCUGGGCUCCUUCCCAUUAUUUGGCUCUCCCUGAUAACCAACGAGAAACUACAUCAGCAGAGACUGAUUCUUCUUUUGCCAGGAACAGGAAAAAUGAAAACAAGUCAAACAGUUUAGAGAAGAUAGAGAAGAGGGUUCAGGCUUUGAACACCAUCAACCAGAGCAAACGUGCAACACCACCCAUCCCAAGCAAACCUCCUGGUGGCUUUUCCAAAGCAUCGGGGCCAGUUAAAAUGAGGAAUGGUGUGAGGCAACUUGCUGUCCGUCCGCAGUCAGUGUUUGUGUCUCCACCACCAAAGGACAACAACCUGUCAUGCUCCUUGCGCAGAAAUGAGUCUCUAACAGCUACAGAUCAACUUAGGACCGUCCGUCGGAAUUCCUCCUUCAGCAACGCGUGGUCGCAGCCCGGUGACACAAAGGGACAGCAGCCGGAGCGGCUGGGCACAGAGAGCUCUGAGACCACCUCCAACCUCCCCACGCAGAGGAAUGGGAUCCCUGUGUCCACAGUCAGGCCAAAGCCCAUUGAGAAAUCCCAGUUCAUCCACAACAAUCUCAAGGACAUCUAUGUUUCCAUUGCGGACUAUGAAGGGGAUGAGGAGACUGCGGGGUUUCAGGAAGGUGUCUGCAUGGAGGUCCUUGAAAGGAACCCAAAUGGCUGGUGGUACUGCCAGAUAAUGAAUGGUGUGAAGCCAUUCAAAGGCUGGGUGCCCUCAAAUUAUUUGGAGAAAAAGAACUAAUGUUGCAAUAUCUUUAACCUCCCUAAUUUAUACUGUUCCUGCUGUGUACAUGUGGAAAAAAACAAUUGCUACACAAAAAGACGUUUUCCUGUGCUCCAGUUUGUACAAAGGAGUCUGUAUGAGGACAAAUCUGCCAUGUUCUGGAGAGGUUUGUGGGGUUUACAUGUUGUAAGCAACUACAAGGAAGAUGCAGCAUAGUCAAAUGCCUUUUUGUGAAGUUGUUAAUAAUCUUGUAUGUGUAACAGGGUAUGACAUCCCAUCCUUCCCAUUGAUAGGAAACCAAAUGUGUGCCUUUUGUGAGAGAAAUAGACAUGCAUCUACCUGGGGAGUUCUGUGCCAAACUGUUUUACAAUCUUGGCUCCCUUUCUCCUCAUUUUUGUCAAUACGUGGAAUACCCAAGAAUUUUGGAUGCUUUUCCACAGCUUAAAGUGAGAAGCAAAUGAAAGUUUCUGAAACACAGAGGGACUCUAAUCCUUUGGAGAUGUUGUUCACUUUUUUUGUUGGUUUUUUUGUUUUGUUUUUUUUACUCUACUCAACAGUUGGUAGGUCCAGAGUUGGAGCCUUUUCACCGUGGAGAGUUUUGGUCUCUGACUUCAGUGUUGUUACGGCUAACUCACCGGAAAAGGCCGUCAGGUGGUGUGGGUUGGGGGCUUUUUGUUUCCUUUCAUUCUGUCUUGUUCUUUGAGUUGGGAUUUCAGGUGUUCAAGGGCAGUGAUGCCUACUGGUGCUUGUAUAAACAAACCUACAAACCCCUUGCUUAAACACGUCUGUUGCUGUGUAGGCUUCAUGUUUGGUUCUGUGCCUGACUCCUGCCAGGUGACACUGGUUGAUUCUCUUCCCAGAGUUAGGUUUCUCAAAAGUUAUCAAAGUCAACAAAGUCCCUUAAGACACUAAAGACAAAGCUGUCAGAUGUGUUUAUUCUUAUUUUGCCCUCUGGUUCAAAAUCCAAGGGUGCUGAUUGCUGGCAGGGCCCACCAAGAUAUUAGUGAGAAAAAUUUGUAACCUUCUGCAACAUCAGUGUUUACAAUGAGUUGAAAAAAAAAAGCCAUCAAACUCAGUCUGCACAUAAUUUGUAUAUUUUGGGGGAAUUACUUUUGUGUUUUGUUUUUGUCAUUUCUGUGCUUCUGGGUUUACUGUAUUUUCUUAGUGUGCAUGUCUGGUUUUACCAGAAAAGACUUAAAACUGAACUAGGAGCCAAAUAUGUGUUUCUGUUCCCACUUGAAUCCAAAGAGUACAUUUGUACUGGAAAUUGGACCUGGGCUUAUCAGUCUCAGAGAUUUCAUAUCAAAGCAAUUUGGUCUACAAUGCAUCUAACCAGGAAGCUGCCUCUUCUAGUUCCAGUUCUGUUUGACUUUACUAACUCGUACUUUGAAAUGUGGCACACAGUGUAGGUGGGGUGUGAAAUGGAAGAGGUACCCAUUUGAAGAGGCUAGGAACAUGGAAUUAUUUGUGAGGUAGCCUUGUACAGUAAACAUAAUUUACUAAAUCCCUACUGAGCUUAAGGAAGUCAUGCUUGGGGGUUUUCUUAAACGGCCUUUUUAAUCACUCAAGCUCAAUAUCUAAUUCCUUUAAAUAAUAGGCAGCAUUGUAAAACUGUUCUAAGGGAAGAUGGGGGGAGGGGGAGAAAACCAUUUCACUACUGGUUUACACAAAGCAUUACAUGUCCUUUUUUCCACCAGAGUUUCAUACUGAUUUGGCUUGGAUGUUAAAGGUUAUAAAGGCUUCAAAAUAGCUGGGAUCAAGGGGCUGAGUAAAACAGCACAAGACGACCAUAUGUUACUGGGGAUGUUUCACUGCCAAAAAAAAUAGGAAAUUUACAUGUUAUUCUUGUCUUUUUCAUUUUUUUCCUUUGUUCUUUUUUUUCUUUUUGUGUGUAUGUGUGUGUGUGUGGUUUGGGGGUUUUAUUAAUUUCCAUGAUAACACUGAGAGAGUUGCCUACAGCUAAUGUGGCUGAUGUCCUUUUGGUAGCUGAAACAGCAUCCAGGUGCCACAGCUACAGGCUACAAACAGUGCUGUGGUUCGAGCAGCUCUCUGCGUGCAGGUGGGGAGGGGAGGCUGUUUGUUUGGGAUCCCUUUAAAUUGUGGUGGCAGGAGAAGGAGGUGUAACUGCACAACAGCUCAUGUCCCAGUGCGGGGUCCUUUUGUACCUUAAUGUCUCACCAUGCGAUGUGUAAGGGUAUGUCCAGUUAGCUUCAUCCCACUGGAUGUGUGUCUGAGACAUUGUGGCCCUGUCUCUCAUACUUUUCCCCAUUUUUAGUUGUACUAAUAAGGUAGCAGCCAUAAAAGACUGCUGGAGCUGUUGUGAGAUUAUAAUAGAAGUAUUAUAUUCUUCUGCUGGACAGUAUUAAAUAGAGCAAUACAUAGAGUUAUCUGCUAGAUUGCAGUACUAAUAGUAGUGACUUAGUGAUUCGUAUUAAUGUUAUGAUUUAUUUUAACAAUAAUGAUGCGGAAGUGGUUCAUUAUUUUGAAUUAAUGCACUUUAACAAUAAAAGAAACCAAAAUGGAAGCCAAUGCAGAGAACUAAGUGCAUUAUUUAAAGGUGCAGUAUAUAAUUAUCAUUUUCUUGAAGCACAUAUUUAUUAAGAAUUAACUUAUUAUUUAAAAUAUUCUAAAGUUUUGUUUAAAGACAUUCCCACUAGGUCAUCUCUUUGGCGGGAUGUAAAGCACAGCUCCCAGAUCUUCUGCAUUGAGCCACUGAAUUCUCUGAGUAUGGUAUGGUCUGACACGAGCCCCUAUCCAAGGAGGGAAGAGCAGCAAGGAGACAGAAGAGCCCAGACUACUGGAAACACUCACAUUUGCAUCCAGCAAAGCCCAGCCCUGGGCACCUCUGAGCUGCAGGAGUCCUUGCAGGGUGUGGGGUGGCACAAGUGUUUCUGGCAGACACUUCCAGUGCCUGGCUGCCAUGUGCCUUGCACAGGGCUGGCCCUGGUGGAUGCAAGUUCUCCGUGAGGCUCAGGUUAGGAGACUUCAGGAUCUGCCUGAGACAGACGUCCGUCUGUCCCACAGCUCCUGUUCCAUCUUGCUGGCUUGCUUCUACAGCUCUGGCAUGGGCUGCAGAGCCACACUUGUGGCCUCUCUCUGCCCUCACCUGUACCAGCAAAAAGGAUGGGGUGUAGAUGGCCUACUUGGUGCCAGAAAUUGUUGUUGGCCAUCACUUGGCAUGCUGGCUUCCACCCUGGUGGAAAAGCUUCCAUUUGGGCUUCCCUUCACUUGGUAGUUGUUUGGGCUGCUUGUGUUUAAAAUGGCGCUUUUAAAACAAAUACUCCCAAUGCAAUUUUUCCCACUCCUGUCUUACCAUUGUCAUAGCAUCUCUCGCAGAGGUGUUCUCCCUUUUUUUGAUGCUUUCAACUGAGAGAUAUCAGGAAAAUAAUUAUUUUUUCCAUCAGUGAGCAGCUAGUUGUGGUCAGUUCUACUGAUACCCAAAAUAGCAAGCCCUUCACUCUUAGCUGUGAAACAGAGGGAAAUGCCUUAAUAAGCUACAUCCAAAAAGCUGACUGCAGGGCAGGAAAACCUGGCAGAGUACUCAGAGGGCAGUGUAGUGCUAGAAGUGUUUUAGCUCUUUUCUAAAAAUGUUAAUGUUGCCUUUUAUUUACUAAAUUUGUCAGAACUGACACUGGAUCAAGAGCAAUAUUUAAAUGUAAUGUACACCUCAGUGAACACUCAAUGCAGAAAUCAAUAGUACUGUUUAAAUUUCUCUUUCAGAUUGUUAAGAGUCUGCAGGGCUUGAGCAAAGCCAUUUGCAGCUGAAGGGGGCCCUCCUCUGGGGGGAGAGGCAGCUGCUCGUGCUGUUUUGCUCUCACCCACUCUCUGUAUUUUCCAAAAAGUCUUGAAUUUGGACCAGCCUAAAUUCCGAACUCCAAUGCCAGAGAACAAAAUUAAAGAAUGUGAAAAUUGUGUCUUGCUGUAUACUGCAACUUUAAUAAUAAUGAGCACUUCUGAGUUCGUUAUUGAGGUUUAUAUAAUGCCUGAAAAGUUUAUUUGCUGGUUUCCCUUGUCUCCCCUUUCAAAACACUUUCUCAUAACAGCACGUCAUGCAUUUUGUUAGGAGUCCUUCCCCAUGGGAGGCAAUUCCUGUUCAUUGUUUUAGCUGUCACCCCAUACAAUGGGUGAGUGUAGUCCUAUGUACCAGUCCUUUGCAAGCCAGACCUUUCAAGAUAAAAGAGAUGAUGGGCACACGUUGGGGUACUUAACUGAUGUGUCAACAGGAAGUUUUUUAAUUGAUGCAUUCAAUAGUAGCAAAUACACAAUAAGGAAAGAUUGGAAUUGUCUGGCACCUAGACUCUUCAAAAUGGAAAUUCACACCUGCAUGGGUAUAGCUAAAAAAUGCAUUUGUCCCUUGUGGAUGUGUACCCCAAAGACUCCUUCCAUUAUGAUGUUAUAAAGUUUGACGAAGGCAUUAUAUAAUUGUUUUCAUCACUUUCAGAUCUUAAUGAAUCAUAUUUUAUUGUAAUAUAUAUUCAUUGCUUUCCUCAGUUAAAAAGAAAGUUACUGCUUUUAUCUUAUAUGAAAAACAAGGGAAUUUGAUAAAGCAUUCAUUAUUUUCAUAUUCCUAGUAUUAACAGAAUAGAACUAGUACUAUUUAAUUUUAGAUCUUCAUAGCUAGCUUGUUAAUAACUCAUAUUUUCCUGUGUUGUAUCCUACUAUUUUUUCUAUUUUUUCCCAAAUAUUCUGCAUUCUUGAGAAAAAGCAAAUCCAAUGAGUGGAUAAGUGCAAUAUUCAUAGAAUAAACAGGCCCCUCAUCCAGGACUUGGAGUGGAACGUGCAGUGUGAAAUGUUUGCAAUUCUCUAUUCAUGCACUCUUAGGGAAGGGGAAAUUCAGGAGAGGGGGCAACUGGAUGAAAACAGGACCCUUGGGUAGGUAGAGACUGACAGCUGGGGUGGCUUGGGUUGGGAAUGGCUGCUUUCCAUAAACAAGUACCACCUGUUAGUGGAAGUAUAAGGACUAUGCAGCAUGUUGCCAGGAUUAUGUAUAGAAUGUGCAUUAACAUCCUUAUCAAUACAGGACUUCUGAGCUAUGCUUGAAACACUCUGUGUGUCAUCCAUGCAUGAUUCUGAUGAUUCUGUCUUCUGGUUUGUUUCUGCUGGUUACGUCCUCUGUUGCACUUCAGAUUUGGUGGUAGCUUCAGAAGGGAAAACAAUUCUGCUGGUGCAGUCCCAAGUUUGGCUACUGCAUUGUUACUUGUAUUUAUUGCAAGAGCUAUGGGAAUGUUUUUACACAGGUCCUUACUUUUCUGUCCUUAUUGUUAACCUAAGAAGAAAAAGUCUCCCUUUUAUCUAGGUUAAUUCUCACCUGCAGAAUUUCACAGAUGUUUUGGAUAUUGAUUUCGUGUUUCUUGGCUUGCAAAGGUGGAUCUCUCAGGUCCUAAAUAAAGUUGGGCAGAAACUUUGCUCUUCAAAAGAGGUAUUGUCUUAAAUUCUAUUUGAAUGGAAGGAGAGCUUCCAUCUGUCAGAAAUAAUGUGACUUUACAGGUAGCAGCAAAAUCUACUACCUUUGAAAAACUGGACUAUUUUUGUAAGGUGCAAGAGAAAUGUGAAAGCCAGAGCACUUGACUCUCUGAGCUCUGGAAAGUACAUCUCCUGUGGCUCUAGAUCAUUACUCUGGAGAGAUGUACCUCAGUUUUCUGCUUAAUUUUUGUCCUGCUGCUCUUAAGUUUGUUGAAAAGCCUUAAUAUUACCAGAGACCUUUGCAUUCAAACAGAAAAACUGAAUUCUGCAGCUGGACUGAAACAGUAUCAAACACAUGAUUUUGGAAAACCUCUAAUACUUUACCAAUUAGGAAUCUGGUUUUGAGGAGCCAGCUUAAUUCUUCACAUGCUCUUGCCAGUCUGGCAAGAGGCCCACGAGCAUCAGUAGAGUUACACUGACAGAAGACCCUUGUGGGUGCUCAGCAUGGACCGUUCUCAGCACAAGCACACUCUGUGCACUCUGCUCCUACACCUCCAAAGGGUGCACAGGUCUGCUUAGCCUUGGUGCUGCUCUGCCAUGAUCCACUGUGCUGCAAAUCUUGCAGCUCUUCAAAACCAGCUGGAGCUUUGCUGCUAUUUGCUGGUGCUCUUCCGUCACCAGCAGCUCCUUCUCUGUCAGCUUCAGAUGCUAUUUAGCCACGUAGUGAAGUGCUGUGUAUCAGUGCAGUGUUUGAUAGCUGCCAUCAGUACCAGUAUGAUGGUCUGAGAGCUUAUGUUUGUCUAAGUUAUUUUGCUUUCAUUUGCUUUUUGUUGCUUGCUAGAAGCAGGGACCAGCACUGCGAUGAUGCAUGGGGAAUGUGUCCGCACACUUGAACUGUUUGAUGGCCUCUGCUGACGCUGCCCAGUGCUUGUGUUGCUCUUUCUCUCCCUCUCUGCUGCUCAGUAGUCGUGUCUGUUGUGUGUGUCUGUAAUUUUCAAAUAAAGUACUGUACAUAAGGCCGGAUCCAGAAGCCCCCAGUCAGCUGACUUAGGGUUGGGAUGUAGGUUGCUGUUGCUGCUUUUCCUCCUCCAUCUAGGACCCAAUUUGGAGCAAAGCACAGGUGUCUGUGAAAAGUCACCCGUAACUCUGCUUUGGGGUGUCAGUUUUGCAGGGUGUGCCAAGGGUGGAACGAGGAGAUCUUUUCUCUUGGGUGCCCUUGCAGCAAUUCCUGGCGCGGAAGCUGCGCCGCACUGCGUGCGGACACGGCUGGCACAGUCAGAACUAAUUAGUUUCCCCCGUUUUAUAUUGUCAGGGCUGGGCUGGUCCCAUCAACUAUGUUCUUCAUUUGUUCUUGCAUCAAGGUAGUGUUGAUUUUUAGUUGGAGAGUGCAAUUUUUUUUCUGUUUUGUGUUUGGUUUUUUUAUAAAUAAAUUUGGUUUAAAGCUUCACACUGGCGUUUUACAGACCUGUUCUUGUCAGCAUAAGCCACUACUGUCCUGAGUUGAGACUCCUGUUUGUUACUGAAUUAAAAUUAUGGGAAUUAUGUUGAUCAUUUGGAAUGAAAUUAGAAAAGAAAUUAGAAGUAACUAUAUUGGCAGGGGGAGAGAUAGAUAAAAUAUGAGGAAAAAGAUGUUUCUAAUAAGGCCAUGAAUUAUUUGGUCUGACACUGCAGGUGCUUUCUCUGUAUAGAUGGUUUAAAUACAUCACUGCUCUGUGACAGGAUUUUUUGUUAUUGACAAAAGUUGAUUUUUUUCAGUCCCUAAUAUACUAUGAUAAUCUGUAUCCUGAAGCCACCUAUCCACCAAGAGAAGACAAACGCAGGUUAUCUGCUUGUUGUACUUGAGGCAGUUUGUGUAUCUGGGAGUUUGCAUGCACCGAGGUUCAGCUGGUGGUCUGGGCAAGCAUGGCUGUUCUGGACCUGUCCAUGUUGGCAGGAACAACCCAGUGCUAGCAGUGCUUCUGGAAAAAUGUUGGCUUUAGUGACCUUUCCCUGAUCCUCGGGGUUAUUUGGUUACAAUGGUACCUGUCCUGGUCCCUGUUUGGUGGAGGAGAAAAAUGCGUGGAAGGGAGAAUCACUUGGCACUGUAAGAAAUUUUUUAAAAUAUAACAUUUAAUAUUUAGAUAAAUAUUUCAUGUUUCUCCAGAUAUUCCCCAUCAAAGCUGUUAUUGACUCUGUAUUUGAUGACUGAAAAGUAAGCAAUGUGGCAGCAUUCUUUGUGCAAACAGUUCUUUUGUGGUUGGAAAGCUUGUUCUUGAACUGCUUCUGGGUCACCAGGGAAGUAGUAAUAACUAAACAAAAUCCCAUCAUCACCCUUGGGUGAUGAUGGGAUUUUGUUUCUUUAUUACUUGGGUGAUGACUAGAGGGACAUUGAAUUCUGUCCUGACUCUGGGUCCCCCAGAACACAUUAAUUUGAUUUGUUUCUGUCCCCUUGAAGCAGGACAGAAAAGAAUAGUGCAGUCACUGGAGCUUAGUCUGUAGAAAUUAAUAAACUGGAACAAAUAAAAAAGAAAAGAAAAAUAAACCUUUUUAAAAAUAAAGUAUUUCAGUGAAUAGGUGACUUAACUACUUCCUGUCCUGGACUUUCAGGGGAGGAGGAAGUUAAUUCUGUUUCCAGUUACUAGGAGGAAUUUUUCUGUGUCAUGCUGAACAGGCUUGCUGUAAAGUCCUGCUCAUUACUCGUGAUGAGUUCAAACCUGAAUAUUGCAAAAGCUAAGUGUGUGUAGCAUUACAAUGACUUUUUUGUACUGAGGGUCUGAAGUGAGUGUUGGGGUCAGUAGUGUACAAAGUGCAUUUCUGCUGUCUGGCUGACUUGCACAUGAUGUCAGUGCUGUUCCUUCAGUGCAGAUUUAAUUGCAGACAGCAGUGCUUAUUGCUCUGCUAGCAGUGUUUAGGGAGAAUAAUGUAGGUGAGCCUCCUCACUUCAGGCUCAGUAUCAAAUAUCAUAUCAGGAGAAGUCCUGCCAGCAGCUUGAUUGAUUGCUGCUUAGGCUAAAGGUCAGAUGUGGGUAACUCCAGGUGCGUGCUGAAAGCAGCUCAGGUGCCUGUGUACAUCUGUAGCUGUUUCCAGAGCUGUUAAUUAGCCCAGAUUGUCUCUGCAAACUGUGGGUAGUGAGUUACUGGGAGCCUAAACCUGUUGAUGAAGGAAGGCUGAAAUUUGUUUGAGCUACUGUGCUCUGCAUUAGCAGAGGCACAUGUCUGUAUGGAAGCUCCUAGAGGUUUGCUGUCCCAAAGUUUUAGUUGACCAAAAAGAAAAAAAAAAAAAAAAAAGGAUCUAGGCCUGGUCUAAGUGAAGUUUUGCAAUGGGUUUCUUGGGUGGUUGAUGUUCUUCAUGUGACCUUGAAAACUAGAUGCUGUUGUCAUUUCUGUGUUGGUGUAGGGCUCCAUUUUUUAGUGGUUAGGUGGUGGGAAUGUACCUGGUGGAGCUUGGAAUCUUGGGAGAGUAUGUCGGUGACCAGAGAUAGAGAAAUGUGUGGCUGGUCUUAGUGUGUGUGUGGUCAAGUUGGUGACACUUUUUUGUCUUUUGUUUGUUUUGUUUUUAAUAUGGGAAUCAAUUUGUCUGUUCUGCUUUGGAAAAGUCUAGAGUUGGUGUGGUUUCUGUUGCAGUAAAUAUGAGAAGGAGUUAGCUGAGAGCUUUUUUUGUUUGUUUGUUUUUGGGGUUUUUUUUAAGAGAGUUUAUGGGCAGGAGACCAUUUAGUUUGUUUUGGGUUGCAAGUUAAACUAAGAGAGGAAGAAAAUGAGUCUGGGGAAAUCCUUUUUUGUGAUAACAGCUUUGGACCAUAUUUUGUGGUGGCCUCUGAUCCAGCUCCACUGAAGGCAGUGGAGUGAAAAUUGUUGAUCAUGUAAAUGUUAAAGCUUUUGGUCAUGAAUUAAUUCUUAGAGAGGUGACAGGUAUCUUGACAUUCCCAGCAUGCCAUAACAAAUGUGAGCUAGGGACAGAAAUAAUAACUGUAGCUUCAAGCAUUGUUCAGUUUUGGUUUAAUGAACUUGAGAUGCUGACCAGUUGGAUAAAACUGUUUGUACAAUGAACAGCUCCUGCAAAAGUCCAGAUGUGCUUGAGUCUAUGAGAGGCUUUCCUACAACAGGCAAUCACAUGCAUGAUAAAAAAAUUUGGCUUUCUCAGUCAUCCCAGUAAAACUGAAAGCCAGAAAAGUGACACUUUCUGCACUUAACAGCAUCUUUUGCCAUUGAUGGUAAGAGUUACUGUUAAUGAGGGAUUAGACACCCCAGUCUGUCUGAACUGGCACAAAACAGAUCUUUUUGUGACCAGUCCUUGAGUUGGUGUGUAAACAUUUCUAAAGACUGGAUGCACAUUACAGUACUAGUUAACAAAAUGAGCAACUUUUCUGUGGGCCAACACAAAAGAUGCAUUAGCAGUGAGGAAAACACAGAUCUCCUUUUUGCCAAAUGACUCUCUAGAAAUUUCCAUCAGGCUUCAGCACAAAUUAGCUGGGACCUGUGAGGAUUUAGCUGAUACAUAUGGUACUGGGGGCCUGUUUCUGUGACUGGGACAACAGAAGUGUGGCUUUAUCCCAGGAAGAGUUGAUGAAAUCAUCAUAGUACAAUGUUUUCAUUUGCUCUGGGUAUGACAGUGGUGGGAGGAAUGAGCUGUGAAAAGCAUAAACUCCCCCUUAAUUCAGAUUUGCAGACUUUACUCAACUGCAGUGCCCAGUGCAGAGCUAUUUCAGAGCUGUCCUCGUGGCAGUGCCCUGUGUGGGACAGGGAAUGCACUCAGAGGGGCUGCCCUCCUCUCUGUGCCAUGACCAACUGCUUGCUCAGAGAACUGCAAAACAAUGUGAAGCAAUUGAGGUUGGGGAUUUUUCCCCUAGAGCAGCGUGUUCUGAAGCAGUGAAGUAAAAACAAGUGCUUGUUUGGGAAAUUUGAAUAAUGUAUUUGUAAAGGUGGAAAUUUGGCAUGGGUGUCUCAACAGAGAAUAACACCAUCUGUGUUUGGAAAUUGUACAUGUGAAGAUGCAGAACAAAGACUUCAGAUUACUGUGCCUAAAAGCAGAUCUCAGCAUUUCUCUACAGGCAUUUGUUAGAGAUGUUAUUUUGGAACCGAACAGCAUUUAAUAAGGGUUAAUCAGGACUGCUCAAAAAUUCCUGCAGGAAAGGAGAAGACAGUUUGAGUUCUGGACACUUACAGGAGAGGAAAUUGUAAGAAACAUAAAAUAUGGCCAGGUGCUUUAUGAAGCUAAUUUUUCUUCUAGGAUUAUCACAGGUCCUUGUGAUUGUGUCCUGGCAUACACUGGUGCUGGCCAGUGACACCUCUUUGCAAAAAUUCAGAGCCAUGCGUCUGAUGGGCAUGUGUGUGUUGGAAAUGAGGAGCCUACAAAGGCCUUGGAGUAAACUACAACUGAUAAAAGAACUCCUGAAUUGCAUGUUCCAGAUAUGCUGAAAUAACUUGCAUUGAGGCAACUUCAGCUCCUUCCAGGCAUCUGCCAUCACCCACCCUGGCAUCUCACAGGGGGUGGAGGGGGGCAAAUGUUAGUGGAAAGGGAAAUUCAGGAUGCUGUCACUGCUCUUCCUGCUCUGUGCCUGAAGUCAGAGCUCUGCUGGGCCAGAGCAGGAGCAGACCCUUGGCCAGUGUUUGCCAUGUCCCACAGGGCUCAGCCAAGCACUCCGAGUGACCUUUGCUGACCUGGGUGCAGGACCCUGGGAGGUUGUGAGGGACUGCCAGAAUUUGACAAGUGUUUUCUCAGAGAAGUUACAAGUUCUUGCAAUAUGAACCUCUAAUGCUUUCAAAGACUCAGGCAGAAAGGACUUGCUAAACAAACUGUACCUGUCAUCUCCCAGUUCAUUGAUUGCUUGGACCAAAGGUGGUGCUAAAUCUGAUCUUUGUCUGUAAUAUUUAUAUUUUGUUCGACUUUUUUUUAGGUGUUUGAUAAAACAGAUGCAGUGUCCUUCUUACAUGAGAAAUUUAGUCCCAGCUUGGGAUAUGUAAAAACUCCCUGGACCUUCAGGGCCCAGGAUUGUUGCCUGUUACCAUUUGAGCAGGCUUGCAGUGUUUGGGGGGAGGUGGGAAAAGGGUACUCUAUCUUCAAAUGCUUGCAGACUGUAAGAAUUGACUUGUGAUUUGUUUGUUUGUUUGUUGGUAUUUUGUUUACAAUGCCUCUUAUGCCCUAAGGAAAAAUAAAUUUUUGACCUUUUUAAUUGUGA